AUGACAGCCACAAGGAAUGUGAUGAGAGCUGUCAGAGUUUUUGAGUUUGGUGGCCCGGAAGUGCUUAAGCUCCAGUCAGAUGUCCUAAUUCCUGAUCCAAAAGAAAAUCAGGUGUUAAUUAAAGUCCAUGCCUGUGGGGUAAAUCCUGUUGAGACAUAUAUUCGUUCUGGAAAUUAUGCCAGGAAACCAGCUCUGCCCUAUACUCCUGGCUCAGAUGUGGCUGGGGUGGUGGAAGGUGUUGGGGAACAUGUGACUGCAUUCAAGAAAGGUGACAGGGUUUUUACCAUCGCUACGGUCUCGGGAGGAUACGCAGACUAUGCGGUUGCUGCAGCUAAUAAAGUCUUUCCUUUGUCGGAUAAACUGGACUUCAGGCAAGGGGCAGCGAUUGGAGUACCCUACUUCACUGCUUACCGUGCUCUUUUCCAAAAAGGCUGUGCCAAAGCAGGGGAAAGUGUGCUAGUGCAUGGUGCGAGUGGGGGAGUAGGCAUAGCAGCAUGUCAGAUUGCCAGAGCUUGUGGCUUAAAGGUUUUGGGUACAGCAGGAACCGAGGAAGGCAUGAACACGGUCCUGAGAAAUGGUGCUCACCAGGCAUUUAAUCACAGAGAGGCUAAUUACAUUGAUAAAAUUAAGGAGUACACAGGGAUGGAAGGAGUUGAUAUAAUAAUAGAAAUGCUCUCCAAUGUCAAUCUUGCUGCUGACCUGCAACUGCUGAACUACAGAGGAAGGGUGAUGGUUGUGGGCUGCAGAGGUUCCAUUGAGAUAAAUCCAAGAGACACUAUGAGUAAGGAAUCCAGCAUAAUUGGAGUUAGCCUCUUCCUUGCAACCGAGGAGGAGAAGCAUGAAUGUGCAACAGCACUCCUUGAUGGCAUAGAAGCUGGCUGGCUGAAACCUACUGUGGGCUCUGAAUAUCCACUGGAGAAAGUGGCGAAGGCCCAUGAAGACAUUAUUCAUGGUGGUGGUGCUCAGGGGAAGAUGGUGCUCGUUCCAUAG